AUAUCAGAUCCACACAGGAUUACAACACUCCAUUAUCAGACCCAGACAGCCGAGCUGUUUGCCUUCACACAUGGACACUCUGCCCGAGAGGCUCCGCGAGGCCGGCUACACCACACACAUGGUCGGCAAGUGGCACCUGGGCUUCUACAGGAAGGCAUGUCUGCCCACCAGAAAGGGUUUUGACAGUUUCUUCGGUUCUUUAACAGGAAGCGUGGAUUACUACAGUUACGGGUCCUGUGAUGGCCCGGGGUUGUGUGGGUACGAUCUCCAUAACGACGAGGGUGUGGCGUGGGGCCAGGAAGGGAAAUACUCCACCACGCUGUUCACACAGAGAGCUCGCAAGAUCCUGGAGAGUCACGACCCCACAGACAGGCCGCUCUUCCUGCUGCUCUCCCUCCAGGCAGUUCACACUCCUCUACAGACUCCCAAGUCCUACAUCUACCCCUACCGUGACAUGGUUAACGUCGCCAGGAGAAAGUUUGCCGCCAUGGUGUCCACAGUGGACGAGGCGGUCCGAAACGUCACCUACGCUCUGAGAAAAUACGGAUACUACCGGAACAGCGUCAUCAUCUACUCCACCGACAACGGCGCCCAGCCAUUCACGGGGGGGAGCAACUGGCCGCUGCGAGGCCGUAAGGGAACGUACUGGGAAGGCGGAGUCCGUGGAGUGGCGUUUGUUCACAGUCCCCUGUUGAGACGCAGGAAACGUGUCUCCAAAGCUCUGCUGCACAUCACUGACUGGUUCCCCACACUGGUGGGCCUGGCCGGGGGCAACAUCAGCCAAAGUCGGGGCCUGGAUGGUUUUGAUGUUUGGCCCACCAUCAGUGAAGGGAAGGAGUCACCUCGUCUGGAGAUCCUUCACAACAUUGACCCUCUGCACAAACCUGCUGUGAGAAAGACCUGGAAGUCCGACACGAAGGGAGCCUCAGGUGAAAAUGAAAUGAAGAAGCUGAAAGGUCCAGGCCCGGCCUUUAAGAAGCCAAAGAAGAAGAAUAAGGUCCUGAGGCAUCAACCAAAGCAGAAGUCGGCGUUCAAGUUGAAGACCACCAAGAAACCUCAGAGGUUUUCCUACCACGCUGCUAAACCUAACUCCAAGUCCAAGCCCCUUCCCAGACAGAAGAUUAAGCCUCUUUCAAAAUCAAAACUCAAACCCAAGACCAAAGUCUACCCUCAGAACCAGAGACAUCACAAACAACACCUGAAGUCUCACCCCAGUGGUACUCCGUCUAUCUCAGGGACAUCCCUCCCUGAAUCCCAGCCUCAGCUCCAAACACAUUUUAAGUCAAAAUCCAGGCGGACCGUAUCCCAGAACCAGAACCUCGCAUCACGGUCAAGACCACCUCAGCCAAAAUCCAAGACACAGUUUAAAUUACAUUUAAAGUCAAAGUCCAAGCGGACAUUAACCCAGUACCAGAACAUAUCCCAGCCAGAGACGCUGCAGCCCAAAUCCCAUCCCACCCCCCAGAUCGGGCUCGAGUCGUUCCAGCCUGUAUGGGACACAUCGGUCCAGGCCGCCAUCAGAGUUGGGGACUGGAAGCUGCUAACAGGAGACCCAGGACAUGGAGACUGGGUCCCCCCACAGGUACUUCCCACUUUCCCCGCUCCCUGGUGGAGCCUCGAACGUUCAGCCCCACCCUUCCUCAAACCCUCCACCCACAAAAAGGUCUGGUUGUUCAACAUCACAGCCGACCCGUGUGAGCGGCGGGACCUGACGGACCAGAGGCCGGACGUGGUCCAACAGCUGCUGGCCCGACUCGCCUACUAUAACCAAACGGCCGUGCCGGUUUAUUUUCCGCCCGACGACCCUCGAGCCAAUCCCAGCCAGAACGGCGGAGCCUGGGUGCCCUGGGUGGACGAAGAGGAGGACGAGGAGGGAAAAUAUCACGGAGUGUACAAGAAAGGUAGGAACAACAAGAAGAAAAAGAAGAAGAAGAAGUUGCGGGUGUGCAAGCUGCAGUCGUUCUUUAUGAAACUGAACACCGGGAUGAUGUCCAACCGGAUCUGAGGCGAUUGCGUCAGAGACUUCAGUGUUUUCUGAUGUUUUUAUAUUGUUACAUCUUCGCUUCCUGAAACCAACCAACGAAGUGGGAACAGAGUUCAUUCAGUUGAAGAAAACCUCCUUCAAAGACUUUCCAGAACGUGUCUUUUCACUGGCUUCACUUUUCUACUCGUUCCUCUGAAAAUCAACAGUUUAUUUUUUAUUCUCAAACACAUUUCUUUGUCGUUUACUGUCUGAUUUCUAAUAAUGUUAAAUAUGAACGUUGUUGAAGUAUGUACACGUACUGUCAAACAUCUCGUCUGAGAUUAAGGAUCAGGUCGCUUCAGGCUUUUUGGGUUGACUUUUAAAAGGUCAGUUCACCACCAGUCAGAAGGGUUGGUGGUUCGAUCCCCGGCUCUUCCUGCUGCAUGUCAAAGUGCUCUCGAGCAAGAUACUGAACCCCAAAUAGCUCCUGAUGCGAAGCCAUCUGUGUGUGAAUGGGAUCAGUUUCUGUUUCUGA